UUCAUACUGACUUUAUUCCUUUUGUUGCUAAUACCAAAAACAAAAAUACUCAAAAAAUGCUACAAAUCACAAAUAAUCAAUAUAAGCUUAGUAACGAUGCAACUUUUCAAAAUAAUAAUGCUUAUCAUUAUACUUGUUUAAUACCUGAAGUUGCUAAAACUUCAACAACAACUGGUAUCUAUACAACAUCUUCAACCUCUCCAAUGGAUUAUACUUCUACUAGAAAAAAUCUCUUAGCAACAUUUCAACAGAACCAAACAAAACCUUUCACUAUUUCUAAUAUCGCAACAACAGUUCCACUUACUACUCAACCAGAAAUCAAACUAUCUACUUUAACA